CAGCGAAAAACAGAGUACAAAACGGCAGUUUCUAUGUUAAAUUUAGUGAAGUCGCGUGUUUUGUUAAUACUUCUAUGUGUGUGCGAGCGAAUAUAACCGAAAAAUAUACGAUUGCGUAUUGCUAGCAUGCAGCCUCGCUAUAUAUAAGCAAGGUAGAGCAGCAGCAGCAGCGGUCGGUCGAAGCGGGAGCGCCACAUUACUCAUCCGUCUAUUUCUGCGAGCCAAAACGACAACGAACGACCAGCAAGCAGUAGGCAGAGGCGCAACAAAUGUUUGCUAAACCGCGACGCCGCGGUGGCCAGAGUUGAAGUUGAAGCAAAUCGAACGCAAUUGUGAAAGGCCGUGAGUUGUGGAACAGCUAGAGCAGCGGAUAAAAGGACAGCAGCGACAUGAUGGAGCAACCAUUGGUAGUGCAGGCUGAGUACUCCUUCAUGGGCAGCAACAACGACGAGUUGUGCUUCAAGAAGGGCGACCUCAUCACAGUGACACAGCGCGAGGAUGGCGGCUGGUGGGAGGGCACCCUCAACGAUAAGACUGGCUGGUUUCCCAGCAACUAUGUGAAUGAAUACAAGUCGCAGCUGCCGAUUGUGGAGACCAUCAGACCGCCGGAGGAGAUACAGGAAUAUCGUUCGGUGGUGCUCAAGGACUUGCUGGAUUCGGAGCGUGCGCAUGUCGCUGAACUGCAGGGCCUGCUGGAAAACUUUCUGGAGCCUAUGCAACAGACACAAAUACUCAGUCAGGAUGAGUACGCGCAGCUGAUGUGCAACUUUGUGGAAAUUGUGAAGACACAUGAGGAGCUGCUGCAACAAAUCGAGGACUGCAACGAUCGCGUAGGCAAGCUCUUUUUGACAAGCGCGCCGCUUAUGAAGAAGGUCCAUCAGGCAUAUUGUGCGGCACAUCCGAAGGCCAUAGUCAUAUUGGAUAAGUAUAAAGAUGAGCUGGAGAAGUAUAUGGAACGACAGGGUGCUGCCACGCCGGGGCUGCUUGUCCUAACCACAGGCCUUUCUAAGCCCUUUCGCCGUUUGGACAAAUAUUCGGCGAUGCUGCAAGAACUGGAAAGGCACAUGGAGAGUAGUCAUCCAGAUCGUGGCGAUACACAACGCAGCGUGGCAGUCUAUAAGGAUAUAGCAGCCACUUGUUCGGCUACGCGACGUCAGAAAGAGCUCGAGUUGCAAGUGCUUACUGGGCCAGUUCGUGGUUGGCAGGGCCAAGAGCUUAGCACGCUCGGAGACAUCAUUCACAUGGGCAGCGUAGCUGUGGGUCCGGAUCAUCGUGAUCGUUACUUUGUGUUGUUUCCACAAACGUUGCUAAUACUGAGUGUUAGUCAGCGCAUGAGUGCCUUUAUAUACGAGGGUAAGCUGCCGCUUACGGGCAUAAUAGUGAGUCGUCUGGAGGAUACGGAUGCACUAAAGAAUGCCUUUGAGAUCAGCAGUCCACUGAUCGAGCGCAUUGUCGCCGUUUGUCAGGGGCCCAAUGAGGCCAACAAAUGGGUGGAGUUACUUACAGCCAACAAUCCCAGUCUGCCGAUGGGCAUCAAGCGUCAACUGAGCAACCUAAGCAACUCCUCGCUGGGCGGUGUCAAUCAACUGAAUGCGGCGCAUCUAAAUCAGCAUUUGGACUCGCGCGGCUAUUGCACGCGCUUCUCGCUCUGCGCCUAUUAUGCCACACCCGAAACAAACUCCAAUUCCACCACCAUGAGGAACUACCGCAUAACACUGCCGCCUAGCAAUUACCCACCAACAGCGCCCUACGCCAACCUCAGUGCACAUUUUGCUCGACUUGUGAAGGCCGGCAAGUUGCGGGGAGCGAUUGUGAAGAUGCUGCUCUAUCCGCAGGCACGUCAGAGCAUUGAUCUCAAGCGGAUUGCGUUACGCAAGAAGCGCUGCCACAAGGCUUCCAAAGCUCUUAAGGAUCUCAAUGCCAAUGCGGACUCCGCACAAUCGGAGCUGGAGCGCCAGGAUGCCUUUGAAUUUCCCACUGACUCAGAAAGUAUAGAGGAUGACUUCGACGAUGACGAAGAUAUAGAUGUGGAGGCCUGCGGUUCCUGUGAUUCCGAUCCCUUAGAGUACAUUAAAUUCUAUCAAAACAAACACGAUUCCAUUUACAACUCAACGGGCACUUUUGUGGAUCAUGGCCCGGCCCAAAGACAUUGCUCUUCAAUCAAUUUAAUCAAACUCGAUUCAGAAAGCUUGGAUGCGGAUGCAGUGCAGGCACAAAAUGAGCUCAAGAAAGAGUCCUUGGUUAUUGGUUCGACGGCUUUACGCGCGCUAGCCCGUAGAUCCACACAACGCAACUCCAGUGUGCACACCUCGACGGCAACAUUAGAAAUUGGAGGGGCGAGCAUAACCAAUUGCAUGGAAGAGGAGCAGGAGGAGGAUUUGGAGUGUGAAUCUUUGUUAGGCAGCAGCAGUGAGUCCACAAAGCCUGUGUUAUCGCUACAGCAACAAAGCUCUGAUGCUUCCUCGGCUUACGGCGCGCGUCUGGGAGGCGCUUUCACGGCUUGUGAAAAUUUAGCCAACAUGCCCGAUGAUCUCAGCUUAAAGCGCGAUACAAAAGAGGAAGCAGUCGCGCCAUUAGAUUCACCCACGGAACGUCAUAGUAUGCCAUGCAUAUUUGUGGGAAAUCGCUUUAAUCGUUGUGAGAAUACCGAGGUCUAUGUGCCCAACUGGCGUGAACGCAAGGUCACGCAAAAUCAGAGUGUGGACAUGCAGUUGGAUGGGGAGCAAAAAGACGGACAAGCACAGAACAACCAGGAGGAAGGGAUGCACUCAAGUACCAUGGAUUUACCAGCAGCCUGUCGUACAGCGCCCGACACACUGCAAGCCGAGCUGCUCUACAACUAUGAAGCGAACGUGCUGGAUCAGAAUCCAACCACAGCGCCUGUGCUGCGCCUGCAACGUGAGGUUUCCCCUUUCAAGAGGCAUGCACUGAACUCAGACAAGCGUGUCUCACAUAAAAGUGACAGUCCCAGCACGGGAAAUGUUAAGCACGACUCGAGAAACUCAAAAGUGCUCAGCAGCUCCACCACCGAACUUUGCAUAGAAGCCAGCUCGAGGAAGCGUGAGCCGCCUGCCGAACGCUCCCGUGAUUCCAUACGUCGUUGCAUUAGCUAUCAGUUUCUGCAGAUGUCCAACAGGCUACCCGAAGAAGACAUUCCAGCAUCGCAACCGCCGCCAGCAUCCUCGCAACAUAUGCCGCUGCGUCGUAAUCAGUUCCAUGGAGAUGAUCUAAGCACGCACCUCAAAUGUCGCUGCUGUGAGAACUCGCAGUGUCCCAGUCCCCGCUCCAGCGAUAGCGGCAUGGCUGGCAGCUGCACCAUAGCCUCGCCAGAUCCACCCAAUCCGGAGUGUUACUAUCCCGAGCCCAAUUUUCAGUUGACUGGCGGACAGCCUCUGGAGUCGCCUAGCCUAGAUGUGCCAGAUAAUGUGGAGAGGUUCGAUGUGUGUGGCAUGUUUCGUGAGAAGUUUCUGACGCCUGAAGCCACGCAGGAUUUGCCGCCGGAUGAUAGGAGCGAUGAGGAGCAGGAACCUGUCACGCCCACCAAUAGGAAGCCAACUACUACUGAAGCUGCAUCUACUGCCGUUGUCAGCUCUAAUGCACAAUUCCAAGUCAAUUCGAAAAACAUUUUCCUCAGCUCUGCCUCCGUUGACGAGACGGCCCGCUGUACGGAAUUAAGUGAGAACAACAACGAGUUACCUCUGAGCUCCAGCUCGGCAGAUCAGCUAGACACUGAGCCUAGAGCUGUGUUUCGCUCCGGCAUGUACGCACACUGGUGGAAAAAAGAGAAACUUCCGCCCGAAGUGGUGCGAGGCAUUGCCUAUGCGUACAACAAGAGUUUGCCGUCCAUGGGACGCACCAGCAGCAGCAAGGAUUCCAAUGGCUCGGUGUGUUCUAGUUGCUUUUGUGCCCUGGGCGCUAGCGGCUUCAGCGAGGGAGCCAUCUACUGUUCCAUCUGCCAGAAUUGCGUCGAUUUCUACAACAAUGUCUCGGCGGACACAGGCACCACCAAUACGGAUACGACCACGACCACCGCCUCAUCGAAUUGUCCUUUGUGCAGCGACAGCGAAGGCGCCAACGCACUGAUCUCCCAGACCUCGUACUCCUCAUCGCUUGACUGUCCGAUUUGUGCGGCGCGCAUAGCCAGCGCUAGCAACGUUGCCCUGGCAACUGAAGAAGGCAAGCGAAACGAAGUGAGACGCCAUGCACGCAGCCCUGAUGUCUCCGCCAUCGAGCCACAGUCUGUUGUUGGCGCCCGGCAGCCGCAGCAACACGCAAAUCCCGCCGCCAGUGCCACCAUCCGCCAGCAGCCAACAACAAGCGGCAGCGGCAGCGGCGAAUGCAGCUACCUCGAUGUCACAACACAAACGGAGCCUGUCGUUCAAUCAUCACCUCAGCUACAGUCAAUACACGCACACUCAGCCUCCACCACAUCUUCUGCAUCCACAACAACCACCAAGUCUACCAAGUCAUCUGGGGGCAACAAGCCACAAAUCAAGUUUAGUCCCGACACCAAGCAGCAAGACAGCAGCAACAGUGGCGGGAACGGCAGCAACGUCUAUGGAAAGCAAUCCGGCAGCAAUUCUGGGGGCAGCAAUGGGGGCGCCAAGCGCAAGGAAAGGAAGCACAAAGGGUAA